GAUGAGCCGGCAUAUAUUUACGCGACUCCCGGGCUCGAAGACUCUGUUUUCUGGGUGGGAGAGGAGAGAGGACUGAGGACGGAGAGGAAGGAAAGGAAGGAGAAAUGGGGAUCCGAUUCAUAUUGUUGGUGAACAAGCAGGGCCAAACCCGCCUUGCCCAGUACUAUGAAUACCUCACCCUCGAACAGCGAAGAGCUCUCGAAGGUGAAAUUGUUCGCAAAUGUCUUGCCCGCACCGAGCAACAGUGUUCGUUCGUGGAGCAUCGGAACUACAAAGUUGUAUACAGGCGCUACGCGUCAUUGUUUUUCUUGGUUGGGGUCGACAAUGAUGAGAAUGAACUGGCUAUUCUGGAAUUCAUACAUCUUUUAGUUGAAACCAUGGAUCGCCAUUUUGGGAAUGUGUGUGAACUAGAUAUCAUGUUUCACCUAGAGAAGGCACAUUUCAUGUUGGAAGAAAUGGUCAUGAAUGGAUGUAUUGUUGAGACAAGCAAACAGAACAUUCUGACACCAAUCCAACUCAUGGACAAAGCUUCAUAGCUGUUUCAAUUGUAUGUGAGGGUGCUAAGCCAUGCCGGAGGCAUUUGCUUGGGUUGUGUUCCCCGGGGGAUCCAUACAACAUACUUGUAUUGAGUAAAAAUUGGUCAGUCACUUGCCCAGAAAAAAAAAAAAACAUUAGUCAAUUGCAUUUCAGAACAUCCGACCAGCUUCUAUUCCUGUUAUAUUGGAAUUACUUAACGAUGGUUUGGCAACAGAUUAA